UUAUGUUUGAUGUCUUUGUUUACUACAGUAUUUGAUUUGAAUGUUUCCGUUUCCAUUCAAAUUUAUUGGCUUACACUGUUCUUUAAAGCUACUAUACAAAUUUACGUUUACUAGUAUUGAGUCGGUUUUGUCAGCAUUUGUAGCGAUCCCAUUAAGAAUGACGGAGACUGCAAUAGCUGGUCAGCUUGAUGUGUUAAUAAGGAGAUUAAAUGAAGCUGAAAGAAGGGCAAAGCUUCUAAAACAUGAAGUUAAAUCUAUUCGUCAGGAAAUUUCGAUUUUACGACAGAAUGUUGGAACACAAAACGGAAAUGCGAGUAUUUUUUCCAGCACGUUGACUACUACUCAACUAUUAUCAGACAGUGUUAUUUUACUUGAUGAUGAGCCUGGUACAAGUUCAGUUGAUAGUCUUUCAUCCUACAAAAGACCAGCGAUAGACGAAAGUGGACCUUCAAACAAGAAAAAGUCAAAAUUCGAGUUUAAUAAGGAAAAUGAUUAUGUAGUAGUGUAUACCGAUGGUGCUUGUGAGAAUAAUGGAAAGGCUAAUGCAAAGGCAGGAAUUGGUGUAUAUUUUGGCGAUGAACAUCCUUUGAAUGUUUCGAAGCCAGUUGAAGGAAGACCAACUAAUAACACCGCUGAGAUACAGGCCUGUGUACAGGCACUUAAAGUUAUUAAGAGCCAUGGGGAAGAUAAAGCUAAAAUACUCACCGAUUCGGAAUUUACCAUAAAUUGCAUGACGAAGUGGAUAAAAAACUGGAAGAAGAACAACUGGAAAACUGCAAGUGGAGGUAGUGUGAAAAAUAAAGAGGACUUACAAAUAUUAGACACUAUCAUGAAGACUUUUACAGACAUCAAGUGGGUUCACGUCGCCGGCCACAACGGCAUUAAGGGCAAUGAGGAGGCUGAUAAAUUAGCCCGACAGGGGGCGUUACGGUACAAGAAGAGUUAAAAGAAGUAAACGUUGUUUUUUUUUAUUUAAAAUCUAUCACAAACUGAGUUAAAUCGACAAACAUUCUGUUACUCUAAAAUAAUUUAAACAUAUUUUAAUAAAUUAAAAAAUAGU